GCUAAAGCAAAAGCAGCAGAAUGAGGUUGACGAUGGAAAAACAAAAAUUGCAUUUUGAUUGAUCCAUUCAAAUUUCAAUAACCACUACAAGAUUUUGCAAACAAACCUGUCUGUGUUAGUGACUGCAACAAGCAAUAAAGCAAACCCUAAAUCCCCUCAAGCAAGCAAGCAUGAAGAAAGGGGAACGGCCCUCCCCCGAAUAUUCCGCCCCACCUAAAUUAUAUAAAUAAAUACUAUUAAAUUCAGCAAGAAACGCUCACCCCCCUUCGAUUUUCCUCUCGCCUCCACGCCAUCGGAUCAAGAAUCGACGGAUCGAGGGCCGAAGUCUGACGAAUUAAAGUGAAAGGAAAUCUUGUCGGAGCGUGUAAUGAUUAGCCUUUGAAGCUUUGACUGCAAAGCGGAAUUAUAAAAUAAGAAAAAAGAAAAAAGAAAAAUAAAUACAGUCACUGCUCGAAGCAAAGAGAAGUUUUUUUAUUUUCUUGUUUUUCUUUUUCCUUAUUGUUUUUGUGCUUUGGGUUUUCUUCAAUCUCUUUUUCCUCAAUCCACAUUCUUCCUCUUUCUAUUGUUUUCCGUUAGAAGGAGAAAGCAAGGGAGGGAGAUUUGGGGGAGCUGAGAGAACGUGGGAGACUUCUCCGAUUUCGAAGCUGAAAUUGAUUUCGAUUUCAUUUCAUUUCCAAUCGGUGGAAUUUUGAGUGGAAUAUGAAUAUGAUGCGCCGGCUGAAGAGCAUUGCUUCUGGACGGUCCUCCAUUUCAGAUCCUGGCGGGGAUUUGGGCAUUAAAAGGGUGAAAAUGGAUCAAGAAAUGGACCAGAGCUGUGAGCUCGACAUAAGAGGGCCGGAGGGACAUAUGGAAAUGGAUGUUGAGGCCAGCACGUCGGAUGCAAAUGAGCUUCCUAGAGAAAUGCACGAGAUGAAGAUUCGCGAGGAUAAAAAUGCUGACCAUGAUGACGGCGCCGCGAAGGAUAUGGAACCGACUGUUUUUAGCGGUGGCGGGACUGAAACUGGUCAGAUAAUCGUAACUUCAAUUGGCGGCCGGGAUGGACAGCCGAAGCAGACAAUGUCUUACAUGGCCGAGCGCGUCGUGGGAACCGGUUCUUUUGGAGUUGUAUACCAGGCGAAAUGGUUAGAAACAGGGGAAUCGGUUGCCAUAAAGAAAGUGCUGCAGGAUCGUAGAUACAAGAACCGAGAGCUACAAAUAAUGCGGUUGCUUAGCCAUCCGAAUGUUGUUAAUCUGAAGCAUUAUUUCUAUUCGACUACCGAGAAGAACGAAGUGUAUCUUAAUCUUGUUCUGGAAUACGUUCCGGAAACUGUUUAUCGAGCUUCUAGGCACUACAGCCGAGCAAAUCAAUACAUGCCUAUCUUAUAUGUGCAGCUUUAUACGUAUCAGAUAUGCCGUGCUGUGAAUUAUAUGCAUCGUGUUCUUGGGGUUUGCCAUCGUGACAUUAAGCCGCAAAACUUAUUGGUUAACCCUCACACGAAUCAGCUUAAGCUUUGUGAUUUGGGAAGCGCCAAAAUGUUGGUGCCUGGAGAACCGAAUAUCUCAUACAUUUGCUCUCGGUAUUACAGGGCUCCAGAAUUGAUUUUUGGGGCUACAGAAUACACGGCUGCCAUUGAUAUGUGGUCAGUCGGUUGUGUCAUGGCUGAGCUUCUUCUUGGCUAUCCGUUGUUCGCUGGCGAAAGCAGUGUCGAUCAGCUGGUUGAAAUAAUUAAGGUUUUAGGGACGCCGACUAGAGAGGAAAUCAAGUGCAUGAAUCCGAAUUACAACGAAUACAAAUUUCCUCAGAUAAAAGCCCAUCCAUGGCACAAGGUAUUUCAUAAGAGGGUUCCGGCUGAGGCUGUAGAUCUUGUGUCGAGGUUGCUCCAGUAUUCGCCUACUUUACGGUUUACAGCAUUGGAGGCUUGCGUGCACCCCUUUUUCGAUGACUUAAGAGAUCCCCAUGCAUCCUUGCCCAACGGACGACCAUUGCCUCCCCUGUUCGACUUUUCAGCGGAAGAACUUGCAAGUGCGCCGUCUGAACUGCUGAAACGACUCAUUCCUGAUCACUGCAAGAAGUGAAAUUCCGUAUCUGUUCGAGGACACUCGAGCCUAUUCAAAGCACAUUACCUAAAAAGGUUAGCAUAAAAAGCGAAUGAAUGACAAGCAACAUGUUAGCUUAAAUUACCGGAGACAAUAUUACCGGAAAUGUUGGAUCCAAUGACGGACGCCAACACCGGGAACUAGUUUUCUUGUACAUGGUUCUGCCAUUAGAGCUUAGCUGCUUAUAAACUGGAGACUGUUAGAUCAUGUAGGCACUUCUAUUGCACGUUCUUCGGCAUUAUGUUUUCUCAGUGAUAUUGAAGUUCCCACGAA